UGGGACAGCACGGAUUGGACGGCUCUUCUCCGGACGGGCGCGCUUACGCACUCCGCCGCUUCCGAUGGGUGAGGACGGCGAGAGCUCCAAAAUCAAUCACAGCUUCCUCCGAGACUAUGUCACAGAAGCUGAUGUCAUUUCUACAGUGGAGUUUAACCAGACGGGGGAUCUGCUGGCCACAGGGGAUAAGGGGGGGCGAGUGGUCAUCUUCCAGAGAGAGACAGAGUCUAAAGGUGAAUCUGAGGAGCUGGGAGAAUCUGGUGAGUAUAAUGUCUACAGUACGUUCCAGAGCCAUGAACCGGACUUCGACUACCUGAAGAGUUUGGAGAUUGAGGAGAAGAUCAAUAAGAUCCGCUGGCUGCCACAGCAAAACGCUGCCCACUUUCUCCUCUCUACCAACGAUAAAACGAUAAAGCUAUGGAAGGUGAGCGAGAGAGACAAGCGGCCAGAGGGCUACAAUCUGAAGGACGAAGAAGGGCGAAUAAAGGACAUCUCCACCGUGACCUCAUUACGGGUGCCAGUCCUGAAGCCCACUGACCUGAUGGUUGAGGUACGGCCGAGGAGAAUCUUUGCCAACGGCCACACCUACCACGUCAACUCCAUCUCAGUCAAUAGCGAUGGCGAGACAUAUCUGUCUGCCGAUGAUCUCAGGAUCAAUAUGUGGCACCUGGAUAUCACAGAUCGAAGCUUCAACAUUGUGGACAUUAAGCCAGCCAAUAUGGAGGACCUGACGGAGGUGAUAACAGCUGCAGAGUUCCACCCACAGCACUGCCACCUGUUUGUAUACAGCAGCAGUAAAGGCACGCUACGCCUCUGUGACAUGAGAGAGUCGGCACUCUGUGACAAGCACUCCAAAAUCUUUGAGGAGCCAGAGGACCCAGGCAAUCGAUCUUUCUUCUCUGAGAUCAUCUCGUCGGUUUCUGAUGUAAAGUUUAGCCAUAGUGGACGUUAUCUGCUCACUAGAGACUACUUGACUGUCAAAGUAUGGGACCUCAACAUGGAGAAGGGCCCUGUAGAGACCUACCAGGUUCACGAGUACCUACGAAGCAAACUCUGCUCUUUGUAUGAAAACGACUGCAUCUUUGACAAGUUUGAGUGUGUGUGGAACAGCACAGACAGUGUAAUCAUGACAGGAGCGUAUAACAGUUUUUUCCGGAUGUUCGAUCGCGAGACCGGUCGCGGUGUAACCCUGGAGGCAUGGCGCGAAAGCAGUAAACCUCGCGCCGUGCUGCGUCUUUAUCGUGUUUAUACCGGGGCUAAACCUCGGGACCGGUGGCGUGGCGUGGACAGUCUGGACUUCACGAAAAAGAUUCUGCACAUGGCUUGGCACCCGGCUGAAAACAUCAUUGCCAUUGCAGCAACUAACAACCUCUACAUCUUUCAGGACAGGGUUAAUGCAGAAAACCUGUGACAAGAAACGCAUUACGGGGUGCAAUAAUGCGCUUCACAGGAGCCACACACAAACAAACGUGCAUCAGAAUUAUGAUUUGGUCCUGUGGAGGUGGACGUAGUUGCCAGACCCUGAAAGUAAACAGAUGGACUUUGCAGUUAAGCCAUUCCAGGAGAGCAGUUAUGUAUAGCCAAUGACUUUAUCUGAUAACUGUUGGUUAAUUACACCGCCAAGAAUGUUGCAGAUGAGCUACGGUACAUGGAAUUUACAUCACAGCUAGCCAAUCCCGGACUGCUUUGAUAUGUGAUGGAUGGCGUUGUCGGCCAAUCCCUGACUGCGCUGAUCUGUGAUUGACAGCCAAUUUGGACUGAAGAACAGAAAAUGAGACCGCUCGGCUCCUCUGUGCCAGGUUGCCAUGGAGACAGGUUACUCAGUUGUCAUGGUAACAAGAGUGCUCUGAGCAGUCUUCCUAUCACGUGCUUCCCAAAAACUAUCCCAAAAUGCAUCUGCUAUACGAGCACUCAUUUUACUUCACGUCAGAACAUGGAUGCCUAUACGACCCAAUCACUAUAUCUCGCACUUGGAGGAGGUUUGUUAAAUUCCAGUACUUGUCUCAUGCAUCCUAAAGGAAGGAUUGAUCCACUACUUCAUCAGAACACUGUCUUAACCUGGUUACACCUCAUGAUGGGUUACAUUUACACCUGUAUGGUAAGAAAAAAAAGAGGGAUAUAUCACACCACUAACACACUUUCAAAAAAGCAGAUUCGUGCACGGUAACUGACAGGCGUUAGAGUCAAACUCUGAUCUACACUCGGGUUACACAGACUACUGGGCUCUCACAGUAAAGCACUGCCUUUUUAUUUAUGAUUGUAGCUACUCUACCGAACCCUCAAACGUAAAUUUAAACAGCCAUGUUGGAAAUGGAUAAAAGACAUAAAAAAUAUGUUUGUUAAUUUAAAAAAUAUUACGGUUAAUGCUUUGACACAAACAAUCAUUUUGACAUUACUAUAUUAAUUAUAUAUAUAUAUAUUAAAAACAAACUGUAGGGUAAUGUACUUUCAAUGGAAGUCUCUGGGUCAUUCUGAAGGGUUUAAAAGCAAAAUGUGGUGCAGCUUGUAUUUUUGUUGAAAUGCUUAUUUGAGCGGUUACCAACCUUUUUGACUACAAAGCCUAUCAUUGUCCACAAAAAUAUCUGAAGACCUCAUUACUUGUACAGUUGUUUGUGACUCUAAGUAAGGAUUUUAUAAAUAUUUUUUACUCAGAAUUUAUACCCAAUAAAAUAAUUCAGAGCUUGGCAUGAUUAGAAGAUAAUGUAUAUUCAUCAUACUGUUUAUCAGAGUUGUAAGAUUUUAUUAACAUUACAUUUGUGGGUCUAGGCAAACACUUUUAAAAUUAGGCUUCCUCAUAUAUGCAGGUUCUACAGAAUUGUAAGAAUGCUGGUUGUUUAAAGAUAAAAACAAGUUGAAUCCGUUUAUUUUAAAGGGGCGGUUGAUUAUGAUGUUGCUGUUAGAAAAUAAAUGUCUGCACUCAAAAGUUUGACACUCAAAGUUCAAUGCAAAGUGAGAUUUUUUUCUUAAUAAAUUGCUAAGAACUACAAAAAAGAUUAGUAGGGACUACAACAAAUACAAACAGUUUAUAUAGUUUAAUGCUUGUUUUUUCUAAUUCUAAGUCAUCUAUGUUGAGGCCUAGUGGCCCCCAUUCCCUGGUGGAGAGCCACUGGGUUAUAUGUAUUACUUCUUCUGAGGCUACACUUUUAAAGGGUAUUUAAUUUUUAUACCCCCUCUUUUGCUAAUUCCUUGCUCCCUGGACUUCCAUUAGAAGUGCAUUAACAUAGCUGAGGAUGUGUCAAAAAGUCUAAAAAUAGCUAAAAUAGCCUAUCUUGUAUUAAAGUUGGUACGUUCCAAUGUGUAGCAUCUAGGAAGCAGAUAAACCAUGUGUAAAUGUGAAUCUCUGCACACUGUGUUUUCUAAGACCACACAGGUGUACAUGUAACUCUCGAUCCACUGUAGAAAGAACACGGCGAGUUAUCUUUCGUUUAAGGUGCCAUUCACCUUCUGGGUGACUGUUUGUUUGGUGUAGAUGUGGUGAUGAAUUGUUGGGUGUCUGUGUAGACUAUGACACCAAGGUCAGUGAUUGUUUUUGCUAUAUGAACAAGGCUGAAUGAAUGUAACAAGCUUUUAAUGAAUCCAUUUUUAAAGUGUUAUGAUGUUAACGGGGUGCUCUCAAACUGACGAGCGAGCUUGCUUGCUUGCUUGCUUUCUCAUUUUCUUUGACUUCGUCCCUUUUCUGUCUUUUCUGGUGUUCACGUGUUUGUCUGUCCCAUUUUUCUAGUACACUUUGCUCUACAUAUACUGAGGCUGUGCCUCUUACAACUGGUCCCUCUACUCUUAUUUUUACAUUUGUAGUUCAUUCACAUCAUUUUUGUACCCUGAGACAAUGAUUCUCUGCUUUUUUCACUCUGUUCCUUUCUUUCUCUCGCACACUUUCAUUCUCUUACAUCCUGUUACCAUGGCGAUAGGCCUUCUGCCAUUAUGCAUUCUCUCAUGCUUUCUCUCAGACAUGCAGUGAAACACACACAUUCACAGUGCGACCAGGGAAUAAUAGCUUGAGUUUUUCAGGGCACACACACGCACUCUCUCACAAACACACACACAAAUAGGCCUAUACAUGCAAGCAUACACACAAAAACGCAUGUUUAUCAUUAUCCAGUGUUACUAAUGUGUAUAUCUAUGAUGCCUAAACAUAUUCUAUUGACACUUAAUGGAAAAAUAAAAGAGGCAAAUGGA